AUGUCAUCGGGAGUCUACAACCAGUUUGUCGCGGACUCGCUGCGUCUAGUUCUAGAAGAGAACUAUGACAAGAACAGCAUGUUAGCCAAGGUGAUAGCCUUUGAGGACACGUUGUACAAGAGAUUUUACGUGGGGCCUACUCGUACCUUAGAAGACCCAUUUUUGAGCACAAGUAUGAGUGAAUUCUCUAAGCUAACACCUAAUAUUAGCCUCAAGACUUGGCUCGCGUCCCUCAACACCGUCCUUUCAGUCCCAACAGAUUCCAGGAGUCCGGUAAAAGUUAUCUCAGACAAGGUGAUUGAGAUUAUUAACAUGCUGACCAGCAUGAGCGAAUCGACUGAUAUACAACCUCUGAUUCGAUGGAUGAUAGCCAAACAACUUUAUUCGGUCCAAUACCAGCCGCUCAUGCCGAAUCAGCGCGAGCUGGCGACACAGUGUCUGCGCAUUUGUGCAGGCGGUAUGGGCGUAGCUGUUGUUCUUCCAGUCCUCGAUGACGUGUUUGCCGGCCGACAAACAAUUUUAGGUCUGGCUCAACUUGUUCUUUCUCGGCUUGCAAAUAGGGUCGAAGGCCUUAUGUGGAUGACUGUGGAGGACACAGCUACAACCCUAAACACUAUGAUGAGCACAACCUAUCAUCUUGGAUUGGACCUGCAUUACGACAAAAAUGCCAUCGACCAACUAUACUCCGAACUUCCAUCGCUUCACAGCGCUUUCUUUGACAAUUGGCUCCAUAUUUGUAAGGCCCUCAGGACUUUCGUAGGCAAGAGCGAGGGACCCUGGGGCCGUGUCCUGCAAAAGGACAGCAUCUACUCAAUUGCGACCCGCUCAAUUGUAUUGCCCUUGUGGAGAAUAACUCGUCCCGAAUUUAAUUAUACGGAUGGCUCGAUGGUCGAGGCCAAUAUUUUGGCGAGUCACAUGGCUAUCAUGGCGAUGUUGGUGUUCGGGAUUGCCCCGCUGCAAGACUGGGAGGAACGUACAAAGAUGGAGUUUGAGAAGCAGCGCCGCUGUAUAAAGGACGCUUUCAACGUCAGCGAGAAAGCCAUCGGAGAGGACACUGCGUUCGCAUAUGCUGCGGCUUUGGGAACUGCCUUUGACGUGUCUCAGGAACUGUUUCUUCAUCGGCCACCUCAGCGCGACAGCGGUGUCUUCGACACAAAGCAGUUAUUCUUUUCGUGGUGGUGCUUUGAGACCUGUGGUCGGAGUUCGCGGUUGUGCAACGUGCCUUUAAGGAACAGUCCCAUUUUCGCCAACGCGUUCAACUGUUCAGAAGGUUCUCCCAUGAACCCUCAGACGAAAUGUGCUCUCUGGUAG